AUGAAGCCAGCAUUAUCUUUGACCAGUAUAAUUGCGGUUGCUGCCCAUGUUACGGCAGAGGUCCAGCACGGUCGCGUACAGGAGUACAGACCCGCGACGUGCACACCAGACACCGCUAUACAACGCAAGGAGUAUGGCAGCAUGGCUGACCACGAGAAGCUGUCUUACAUUCAUGGAGUUCAGUGUUUGAUGCGGUUGCCCUCUCAAUAUCCAACCGGGGUUGUCCCGGCCGCAACUAGCCGCUGGCUUGACUUCACAGCAACUCACAUUAACCAAUCGCUCAACAUCCACCUGUCCGGCCUUCUGCUCCCUUGGCACCGUCACUUCCUCUACCUAGUCGAGCAAGCUCUCCAGCAGGACUGUGGGUAUCCGAAAUCACUUGGAAUACCUUACUGGGACUAUCCGCUGUACCCAAGCCUGGCAGACAGCCCCAUCUUCGACGGCAGCCACACCUCACUGGGGAGCAACGGCCGUGCCACCGACCUGUGCAUAGAGAAAGGCCCCUUCUCGAAUUCCACCAUCAACUUCGGACCGUUCACCUCCAGAGUGACCCUGAACAUCACCCUGCCGACCGACUGGCAGGAAUCGAAGCCCGGGUGUAUCCAACGCCAGUUCCGGAACGAGGCCCUCCAGGAAAACAACAACCAGUCCAAUAUCGACUCCCUUCUCGCCUCCCCAGAUAUUUACACGGUCCUGCGGUGGUUCAAUGGCGCAGGCAUACUGAACGGCUUCGUCGUCCGAGGCAUUCAUGGCGCGGGCCAUUUCGCAGUGGGUGGGACCGCGUCCGACUUCUUUGCUAGCUCGCAGGAUCCGGCGUUUUUCCUGCAUCACUCGCAGAUCGAUCGCUUAUGGGCGGGCUGGCAAGAUAGGCACCCAGAACUAAGGUACACGUACAAUGGUACCAGCACCAUUUUCAACCCACCGGGCGUGACUCCUGAGGUAGACAACACCACGGUCAUGAGUUUCGGCGCCGUCGGGGACUCUAUCACCGUUGGGGAAACAGCGGACCCGAUGGGGUUGACGCCCUACUGUUAUGUCUAUUCGUAA